UUGUCGACACACCGCGGCGCGAGUAGUGUUAGCUCACUAACUUCGCACAUUUAACCCAUUAAAGAAUGGAAUAAAUUAUUGUUUCAUUGUUUUUCAGCGUAUUUGACAACGAAAACAAAGGAUUAUGAAAAAUUAAGAAUAACUUAGAAAAGCAUUCAUGGGUCGUAAAGGAGGGUGGAAAGGAGGCAGCAGCCUUUUAUUACUGACUGUCGUCCUCAUUCACAAGCAGGUGGUCCAGGGUGACGGUGAGGUUGGAUGCUUAUUCGAUCGAAGUGUUUGCUCAUCACCUAAAGAAACCUGUUUUGAUGAUGCAGCAUUUGGAAAAUGUAUACAUUCACUUGAUGCUAAUGAUGAUGAUGUCUAUCAAUAUGAUUUGGAACCAGGAGAGUUGGAAUUAUUGCGUACGCAGAUGGAGAAAUUGGUGGCUGAAAAAUAUGAAUGGGCUCACCCAUAUACUCAAUGUAUCAUGCAAAAUAUCUUGUACAGCAUUAGAUACCGGAUAAAACAUAAUUCUAAAGUAUGUCGUACUUUAGAAAAUGUUGAUUCUGAAUCAUCCGAUGAAUUGAUUGAUGAAAAAAAUUCUGAAGAAUCGUCAGAUGAUCAGGGUUUAUUACCUUUAGCCGUAGUAAAUUUUAUGCCUACUCGCGGUCACGGUUACGGAGAUUUUGCAAAUGAAAUGUACUAUCCUCCAUCAUCAUUCAAAGACCAUUCUUUAUCUGAUAUUGAAGACUACACUUACAAUCCUUACAUAAUAGUAGAACAAAAACCUGAACGCCACCCUACGCUACGUUUUGAUAAUAAUAACAAAAAAAUCAAUAUUAAUAACAAUAACAAUGAUAAUGACGAAGAACAAGAAACAUUGAUUUUUGCGCCUGAAGAAAUAAGUAAGCAUGAUGAUGAGCUUUUUGACAUAUCGAGAAAGCUUCAAAAACAACAGAGACAAAUGGAAGCAGAAAAGAAGACAGUAUUUCGAUCUCGACGACAGCCGAGAGAAAAAAAUUCCAGAAGCUUAGGAACAAAAUUAAAUGACUACUUAGAGUUUUUAAAAGAAUCUGAAGAUAUCACUGAUGAAGCUGAUUAUAAAAAAGACGAAAAUUUGAGAGCUGACAUCAAUAACUAUCAGUCAAGAAAAGUAGAUAAUAAUUUCGAGAAUCUUGAUAAAUCCUCGUUGGAUACUUUAGCGGAGAUGGAAUUUUUAAAAGAUGAUGAAGAGUGGGAUGGACUUGAAGAUGACGGAAAUAAUGAUGAUAGUAAUGAGAAAGAACAAGAAGAGCAGAAGCUAGAGAAAUCUAUGGAAAAUGCAGGUGAAAUUCUGGCUUCAUUAAAGAGUAAUUUAAUGCCAAGGAAAAUGAGAAAUGAGAUUUUUACUGAGGGAGGUAUCAUCGAGCCUUCUAACUUGGAUAAUAUUUAUGAAGAAGCUUUUUCAUGGAACAGAGACUUAUCAGGAUUUAAAAGACCUGAAAGAUUAGACGUCAAAAAACCAGGGCCACCGUUCUCAACUAAUAAUUACGCUUUCAGGGUUCAGAAUUCAAUAUCUGAUGAAGAUAAUGGAGAUCAACUAAAUAACAAGGAAGAAAUACGAGCUCCUUAUGUGAAAAAAGAAUUAAUAGCUGGCAAAGACAUAACUCAACUUUCUUUGGAUAAAAGUCCUUCACAGAAUUAUAAAAAUGUCGAUUUAGAUCACGUUUAUAUUCAAUUCAAAGAAGAGUUUCAUAAGUGGUCUGAUGGAAAAGCCGUUGUUGAAAAGGUAGAAGAACUUCUUGGAUUAGCUCCUGGAGAUUUUUCAAAUAUAAGAGUUGGAAGAGCAGAAGUAACUUUCAAGGUGCAUAAAAAUUCUCGAGAUAUGACUGCUGAAGACGUUGUAACACAACUCGAUAAUAUCAGGGGUAAACUACAAGAAACUAUGCAUGUCAAUAUAAUACAAGCAGGCAUUGGAGACAAGAUAAAACUCCCACCAGUAUUGAAAGUUGUGAAUGACGAGUAUUCAAUGAGUUCAACAGUUUUUGGAGCAGUAGUUGCAGCAGGAGUGACUGCAGCCGCUGCAACAGCUGUAAUGACAUUAGUGAUAGCUCGUAAAUAUGCCAAAUCACGAGCUAAACUUGCUGGACUUGCAACCCCCGAUCCUGAAGCUUCUAAGGAUUAUCAAGAACUUUGUCGAGCCAGAAUGCACGCAAAACAACAAUGUGAAAAGCCUGAAGUAGCACGAGUUAUCAGUCUUUCGAAGGAAAGUGAAUCAAAUAGAUCAAGUACUUCAUCAUGGGGUGGAGAAGAAGCUGCUUCACUAUCUAAUAUGGAUAUUGCAACUGGGCACAUGGUUUUGUCUUACAUGGAAGAUCAUUUGAAGAAUAAAGACAGAUUAGACCAAGAAUGGGCAGCAAUAUGUGCUUACGAAGCAGAUCCAUGCGCAACAACAGCAGCACUACAAAAAAAUAAUGCGGAACGUAAUCGCUCUGGUUCUAUUCUUCCUUAUGACCACUCAAGAGUAGUUCUAAAUGACUUGAGAAACAUCAAUAAUGUGGAUUAUAUCAAUGCUUCAACAAUUAUACCGACGGAUCAUGAUCCAAGAAACCCAGCAUACAUAGCAACGCAAGGUCCACUACCACAAACUGCAGCUGACUUUUGGCAGCUUGUCUGGGAGCAAGGAAGUGUCGUUAUUGUAAUGUUAACUCGUUUAACGGAGGAAGGACGAGCUAUGUGUCAUAGAUAUUGGCCUGAAGAAGGUUCUGAAUUAUAUCAUAUCUAUGAAGUCCACCUGGUUUCUGAGCACAUCUGGUGUGAUGAUUAUUUAGUACGUUCAUUCUACUUGAAGAACUCGACCACUGGCGAAACUCGCACUGUUACUCAAUUUCACUUCCUUUCGUGGCCUGAAAAUAGAAUACCCCAAUCUACUAAAGCACUUCUAGAGUUCCGUCGAAAAGUUAAUAAAUCUUACCGAGGAAGAUCUUGCCCAAUUGUUGUUCAUUGCAGUGAUGGCGCAGGUAGAACUGGAACAUAUUGUCUCAUCGAUAUGGUGUUGAAUCGAAUGGCUAAAGGAGCCAAGGAAAUAGAUAUUGCCGCAGCAUUGGAGCAUAUCAGAGAUCAGAGACCUGGUAUGGUAGCAACGAAACAACAGUUUGAAUUCGUCCUUGUAGCUGUCACUGAAGAAGUUCAUGCUAUUUUAAAAGCUUUACCAGUUCCUCCACCUGAGAAAACGUCAACAACAACUGUAUCAACGACAACUGCAAGUACUGUAACCACCUCAGGAGCAGGACAAUGAGAAAACAAAACAACAAAAUAAUGUUACAAAAUUGACGAUAAAUGAUGAUAUUUAAUUGAUGAAAAUACGGAAGGAUAUUUACAUCAGAAUUGACUCGUAAUUUCUACAAGUGUUGACAGAUGACAUAACUGAUGAUCAAAGUAGCUAAGAAAUGUUAACUAAAUCAUUGUAUUUAUUUUAUCAAGGAGAAAUAUUUUUUUUUAUCUCAUAAAAAAGUCAAUUCUAUCAAGUAUUAAAUCAGAAUCGUGUGUCGAUACUGAAAGUUAUGUUUUAUAUAGACAAAAGUCCAUGUUUGUAAUCUUUAUACACGGCCUAUUGAAAGAAAUCUUUUUUGACAUUCCUAAAAAUUUUCUGACAAUUUUUCAAUGUCUGGAUUAAAAUCGAAGCGAUUUUUAACUAAAAAAUGACACUUCUAAUAUAAAAUUCUUCAACAACGAUAGCUUUAAAUUUGGCGUAAAUUCCCAGUAACAGCUAGAAAACGAUACGGAAAUAAAUGAAUAAAGUUUCUUCGCAAAAAAAAUAUUAAACAGUCAGAAUUUAUAAAUGUCUCCAUUAUCUUGUACGACUUGCAUUAUGUAACUCAUUGAUCUUUUUUUCGUGCUCUUCCUUUUCAUAAUGAUAUGUCAAUAUAUAAAAAAUAAUUAAAUUCUUACCUUGGGCAUGGAGUUUUCACAGAAAUGACAACAAAAAAAAGCUUUUUGCUUACCUGAUAAAAAAAAAAUUCUAUGAAACCAGCCUCUCAUGGAAUUAUUUUUUCCUUAAAAUAAAAUAUGACGAUAAUUACUACAACUCCCUGUCCUUUUUACAAUACAUUUGUUGUAUGAUUUGAAGAAACUUUCAACAUCAUAAGUUUGCGAAGCUAUUCAGACAUAUAAAUAUAUCAAUAAAAUAUACCUCAAAUAAAGUUUGCUUGCUAAUGUGUUUGCCAAAAAAUCAUAAAAUUAAAAAAAAAAAGAUAAAAUAAGAAACCAUGUGUUAAAUUAUUUAAUAUAUGCAUUCUUUGGCAUCAACUAAAAUUACCUAUAGAUUCUAUAUUUUUAUGUAAGACGAGUAACGAUGUACCUAUAUAUCAAGAAAUUCUUAUGUAAGCAUAUUAAUACCUUAUUUAUUUAUAAUUUAUAGUUACUAAAAAUGUAUGACUAUCAAUAAUCAUUAUUAUUAUAACUAAUAUUAUUGCUGACUAUUAUGUUCAUUAUUAUGAUUAUUAUUGUUAUUAUUAUCAUUAUUAUAAAAUGAUGAAAUUACGUAUACAUAUAAGUCUAUACCAUGUUAAUGGAGUAUAUAUAUAUAUUAAUAUAUAUGUUGUGAAAAAAUAUAAAUCAUUCUAUGUUCGAGCUGCAGGUAGUUGUAAAAUUUCCGGUAUCCCCAUUUAUUGUAUUUCAUUUCAACUUUUAAUUUGAUUAUUUAAAUAAAUUGAAAAUGAAAAUACUUUUUUAUUAUUUUAAAUAAUUUUUUAGUUUAAUGUUCAAGUACAAUUUCAUU